CGCCCGUGCAAGGAACCCACCAAACCGAUUAGCCCAACCCAGCCAUUCCCCAAGCAGCAGAGGCGGAGAAAAAGACAGCCGGCGGCAGAGGAGGGGAGGCCAGGCCAACCACCGGUCGGAGCGGCGGCGGCGGCGGUGGGUAUCUGAGUUACUGGCAUGGUGGGCCUCGUAGGUGGCGGCGCGCGGGCCUGGAGGCUCAGCGACGAGGCGGCUAACGGCGCAGGUGGAGGAGGGGCGGCGACGGAGGCGGACUACAUGCGGCGGCUGCACGGCCACGCGCCCGGCGAGAACCAGUGCACCUCCGCACUCGUCAAGCACAUCAAGGCCCCCGUGCACCUCGUUUGGUCGCUCGUGCGGAGCUUCGACCAGCCGCAGCGGUACAAGCCGUUCGUCAGCCGCUGCGUGGUGCGCGGUGGCGACCUCGAGAUCGGCAGCGUGCGGGAGGUCAACGUCAAGACCGGUCUGCCGGCCACAACUAGCACCGAGAGGCUCGAGCAGCUGGAUGACGACGAGCAUAUCCUCAGUGUCAAGUUUGUUGGAGGCGAUCACCGGCUCAGGAACUACUCAUCCAUCAUAACAGUCCACCCACAGAGUAUUGAUGGGCGGCCAGGGACACUUGUGAUCGAGUCCUUCGUGGUUGAUGUGCCCGACGGCAACACAAAGGAUGAGACUUGCUACUUCGUUGAGGCCGUGAUCAAGUGCAACCUCACAUCUCUCGCUGAGGUAUCGGAGCGGCUAGCAGUUCAGUCACCUACAUCGCCGCUUGAACAAUAGCAUCCUCACGGGCACGGACUUGUGAAUCGGCAUGAAUAAGAAAGAAGCUUCAAAGGCUAGCAGGAAAUUUCUAUCUUUUACA